CGCCGGGACCGUCGCGACGAAGACGGCUGCGACACGGGCGGAUCCUGGCGGGCAGCCGCGCUGGCGGUGGGCGCGAAGCCCUCGCGAUCUGCCAAAUUGAUGGUCCUGGGUUUGCGUCCCCCGGCGGCUCCUCCUCCUCCCACUCAGCUCUCCCUCCUGCCAUUGCCCUCUCACCGCUCCUGCCCUCUCCUACCUACGCUCCGUCACAUCCUCACCGACCGCCCCUAUACCUACCCGCUCUUCUCGUUCUCGCGUGCAUCGCCCGGCUCGACGUCGGCACUUCCAUCCCAUUCAAAUGGCACGAAUGUGCCUCGACGCUCAACGGCGCGCUCGCCGCUCGCUACGCCUCUCAUAACACGUUCGGAACGAGAGAAUGGAAAGAUCCACGGAGGCAUGAGCAGGCGCCAUCGGCUUCGCCACCCCCCUCCUCGUCCACAUCGUAUUCAUGCCAUUCCCAACGACACGAUGCCCGUCACCGCAGAUUCACGGAGGGGCGCAGGAGGGACGCAGUGUGCUGAAUCGAUAGAUACCCCCCCUCGAGCUAUCUGCUACGACGAUGCUCGCGCUGCCACUUGUGCGGCCUGGUAUGUGGACCGCCGGCAGGGUGCAAUAACGACCGUUGAUGGGCGGCGCAACACAUCCCAGCAAACACAUCCCAGCACAACUGUCACUACGCCACCGGCAUAA